AUGCCCUACUACGACAGGAUCAACGACGCCGCGGCCUGUCUCAUCUGCUUGGCCAAAGGGUCCCAGGAUUGUCCCCAUGGCCCCUCCACCCCCGCCGAGGUGCGGGUGCUAGAGGUGGAGGCCUUUGGCAGCGUCCAGGACCUCAUCCACGCCUCCAUUGCCUCCCGCGGCGGCCAGGCCAGCCUGGCACACAUCUACCAGCUGUGCCACAGCCGAGGCCGGGUCGCCUACCGGCGGUCGGGGGGGUCCCGCCUUAUCACCCAGAACGAGCACUGGAAGAGCCAGAUUCGGCAUACGCUCUACACCAACCCGCGAUUUGAGAGGUGCCCUGACGACCCGGACAUGUGGCGAUUGACCCCGGGGAAGACCAUCUCCCCGCCCUCCAUCGUGCGGGUGCUGGUGCGAACCGAUGAGGUGGCUGCCCAGACGGCACCGCCGCCGGAGGCCAGCCGUGGCAGUGCCGCGGGCGGCGCGGCCGACCGAUACCCUGGCGCCUCCGGCCACUGCCAGCUGGAUACCCCGCCCCUGAGGCACCGCAGGGCCACCUUCCCCGCCACUUCCACCUCCGACUGCGAGGUGGAGCAGCGGCCGGUGCCCGGCGGCAGCCCUGCUCGACCCCCGGCGGCUGUGCGGCGCCGCACGCGGUUCCCGAGCGCGGAGGCCCGGCCGGAAUCAUGCGCCGGCGACGCCGCCGAGCUGUGCUGGGGCGCCAAGGCACGGCGCAGCUCCUGCGCCGCGCGGUCGCCCCCUCGGGACUACAAGAAAGCGCCGAGCGGGCGCUCCACGCUGUGCGACGACGGCGGGGCCCUGGCCUCCCUCGCGGCAGCGGCUUGGUGCCAGCCCUGCCGCGACCGGGCCAGGCUGACGGCCCCGCCGCAGUACCUCCAGGCGCUGCACCAGCACCAGGCCGCCCUGCUGGCGACGCUUCGCUGCAGGCACGGGUCAGGGACGUCGCACCUGCUGGGGGGAGGAACCCACACCCUGGAUCCGCCCGGAGCUGGGGAGCCGCCGCGGCUUGGCCAACUCAGGACGCAGCAGCACCCGUACCCGCAAGCCGGAGCCUUAAAUGUUGAGAGGGGCGCCACAUCUCCCUGA